GGCGAGAGCGCAGGCCCGGGGCGCCGGGUCGAGGCUGCGCUCCGGGAGGCCGCCAUGAAGCGGGAUGUGCGUAUCCUGCUGCUGGGCGAGGCCCAGGUGGGGAAGACGUCGUUGAUCCUGUCGCUGGUGGGCGAGGAGUUCCCGGCGGAGGUUCCUCCCCGGGCCGAAGAGAUCACCAUUCCCGCAGACGUGACCCCGGAGAGGGUGCCCACCCACAUCGUGGACUACUCAGGUAGGCCGCCCGCCGCCCGGGGCUCCCGGGCCCCUCCGCCGGGCGCGGCUGCAGCGGGGUCUCCUCCCUCCAGAAGCCGAGCAGACGGCGGAGGAGCUCCGGGACGAGAUUCACAAGGUAGCGUGCGUCCGAGGGCCCCGGGGCGGGCCGACGGCCCGAUGGGCGUCGUUCUCCCGGGGAUUGGGUUAGGGUGCUCAGGGCGCCCUCCACCUCCGUGCUCCUGCCGUGAGCCCAGCACUGGGAGUUGUUGGGGCCGGCUCGCCACGCCCAGCGCUGCCUGCCCCGGAGGGCCCUGGGGAACGACUUCGGCGUCCUUCAGAGUCACCCUUCACGGAUCCCUGUGUUCUGGCCGCCUGACCCCCCCCCCCACAGCGUCCAGUCCACCCUUCUGGACCUCUGGGCCCCCUGGAUGUCGUAAUGGAGGCUGCGGGCCGCACAGCCACCAGUCUGUGCUGCGGGGCCCCUGUGCCCAGGCUGAGCACAGAGGAAGCUGCCUGUGGCCCCGCCUGAUCUCCCCAAGGCCUCUGUCAACUUGGGCACCACUGUGCAAGGAGCCCGCAGCUGCCCAGGGGCAGCCCUCUGCCAUUUUGACCCUCGUGCUGCAGUUCCCACCAUCUCUCUGCUGCAGUGACGCGGGAGUGGAAAGUGGAGGCGAAUGUGGUAUGUGUGGUAUACGACAUGUCUGAGGAGGCCACCAUCGAGAAGAUCCGCACCAAAUGGAUCCCGCUGGUGAAUGGGGGCACUGACAAAGAGCCCAGGGUCCCCAUCAUCCUGGUGGGCAACAAGUCAGACCUGCGGCCAGGGAGCUCCAUGGAGGCCGUGCUGCCCAUCAUGAGCCAGUUCCCUGAGAUCGAGACCUGUGUGGAGUGCUCAGCCAAGAACCUGAGGAACAUCUCAGAGCUGUUCUACUAUGCACAGAAGGCCGUCCUGCAUCCCACAGCCCCGCUCUAUGACCCUGAAGCUAAGCAGCUGAGGCCCGCGUGCACCCAGGCCCUCACACGCAUCUUCAGGCUCUUGGACCAGGACCAGGACCAGGUGCUCAGCGACGAUGAGCUCAACGCUUUCCAGAAGUCCUGCUUUGGGCACCCCCUGGCUCCUCAAGCCCUGGAGGAUGUGAAGGCAGUGGUGUGCAAGAAUGUGGUGGGAGGUGUGCAGGACGACCGGCUCACCCUCGACGGCUUCCUCUUCUUGAACACACUCUUCAUCCAGCGCGGCCGCCACGAGACCACGUGGACCAUCCUGCGGCGCUUUGGCUACGGUGACACGCUCGAACUGACUGGCGACUACCUCUUCCCACCGCUCCAUGUGCCCCCCGGCUGCAGCACUGAGCUCAACCACUUUGGCUACCAGUUUGUGCAGAGGGUGUUUGAGAAGCAUGACCAGGACCGUGAUGGCGCCCUCUCGCCUGCAGAACUGCAGAAUCUCUUCAGUGUGUUCCCCACCGCUCCUUGGGGUCCCCAGCUCCCUCGUGAGGUCCGUACAGAGGCUGACCGGCUGUCCUUGCACGGGUACCUCUGCCAGUGGACCCUGGUGACCUACCUGGACGUCCGGCGCUCCCUUGAGCACCUCGGCCACCUGGGCUACUCCACCCUCUGUGAGCAGGCUUCCCAGGCCCACGCAGUCACAGUGACGCGGGAGAAGCAGCUGGACCAGGAGAAGGGGCAGACGCAGAGGAAUGUCCUCCUGUGCAAGGUGGUGGGGGCCCGUGGAGUGGGCAAGUCCACCUUCCUGCAGGCCUUCCUUGGCCGUGGCCUGGGGCACCAGGACAGCAGGGACCCCCCCGAGGAGCCCAUCACCCAUGCCAUCGACACACUGCAAGUCAAUGGGCAGGAGAAGUACCUAAUACUGUGUGAGGUGAGUGCAGACAGCCUGCUGGCCAAUGCGCUUAGCGCCGCCUGUGAUGUCGCCUGCCUGAUGUUCGACCACAGCAACCCAGGGUCCUUCGAGCUCUGCGCCAGCGUCUACAAGCAACACUACAUGGACGGGCAAACCCCCUGCCUCUUCGUCGCCUCCAAGGCAGACCUGCCUGAGGGUGCCCUGCUGCCGGGAUUGUCCCCAGCCGAGUUCUGCCGCCGACACCGGCUGCCCGCCCCUACCCCGCUCUCUUGCACUGGCCCUGCUGCGCCUCGCACUGCUGUCUUCACCCAGCUCGCCACCAUGGCCACCUUCCCCCACCUGGUCCGUGGGGAGCAGCCCGCCACCUCCUGGCUUCAGGUGACACUAGGCGCUGUCGGGGCCGCUGUUGCUGUAGUCCUCGGCUUCUCACUCUACAGGGUCCUGGUGAAGAGCCGAUGAGGCCCCGGGACCUGCAGUCUGCUCUCAGCCCCCAGGGUGGCCAGUGGGUAUGAUGGGGUCAGGGGCAGAUGGGGGAGACAAGAAGUGGCUGGACCUUGCGCAGCCCCCCAUCACCGCCACCACACUUGGAAUCGGGUUCAGGGCUGCACCCCUCAUGGGGAACAUGAGGCUGCAUUUCCUGAUUAAACUUCACUUGUGUCUUGUCUA